GUGUGUGUAUGUUGUAUGUUGACGCCGUGGGUCCUCCGUCUCCUCCCCCUCACUUUUCUUUCAUGAAUGCUCCGAUAGUAUUUGCGUCAGCAGCCAGGGCGAGUCGUGCUACCGGGGAUAUAAAAGAUCUAGACCGUAGCCUAAUAACUCCUUAUCACAUUGCCAUCUCAUCUGGAGGUGAUCAGUAUCUGGACUCCUGGAUACGAACCGACCGAUCCGGUUAAACUCUCUGCCAUGAAGAUCCCCGUGGUGUUUUACAUUGCUGUGCUCCUGGUUACGUUGAUACCCAGAGAUGACUGUUGGCCUUUACUGAAGCCUGCAUCAACUAACAACCACCGUGGUCCGCAAUCGGAGCUCCAGUAUUUCGUUCCACUGGUUGGGAAUCGCCUCCUGGAGGAAUACCUUAAAGCACUGACUGAGGCGAACAAUAAGCCAACUUAUCCUGCUCCAAAUCUACAUGAGGUGGUUGCCCCCGACGGCGCUUUCCAAGUGCCACUCAUCCAGUUCCAGCGCACCCGACAUGGUAAAGUUGGAGACUUGAAUAGCGCUUCUGACAAAUACCAACAUUUACUGGAUGCGUUGUUAGAAAGAGGAAAAAGGCGCGAGACGCAUCUACUUUCCCUUAAUGUACCUCUGCAUGUUCUAAAUAAACUGAUCGGGAUAGCUAAAGUGGAGCAAAUGGCCAGGCAAGCCGAGAAAAACAGGAAAAUAAUGGAUGCAGUCGGGAAAUAGAGAUUGUCAUCUAUCACUCACCAUUCACGUUUAUUUUUGUGGCUAAACUAGAAAUUCACCAAAUCAAUGUGCAUUUGACGAUCAUUGUACAAUUCUAGGUAAUAAACGCAUAUAUAACCAAGCAUUUAUCCUGAGCGAGAGAAUGUCUAACAUUUAUAUUUCUAAUAAAAACUGCAACGUGACGGUCUAUUCGGUUUAUGUUUUAUUGCGGAGAUUGUUGUUAAUUAAUCCAGGUCGUUUUUGUAACGUGUUUGUGGGAGUUUUCCGUGAAAUCAUUGAUGUUUUUCUUUGAAAUAUGCGCGACAAUGUGAUGUGAUGUGAUGCACACGGGAGUUGUGUGAAUGAACUGUGAACACGAGGUCCCCGUAAACCGCUUGCUCGCCGGACUAGAGUCAGGAGGAGGCGCCGCGACAUUUGAAAUAUCAAAGAACACAUAAUAUUUGUAAAUGAAAGGACACAAAGUGCUGGAGUAACACAGCAGGCCAGGUAGCCUAGCUGGAGCACAUGGAUCGAUUACGUUUCAGAUAGAGCCCCUUCUUCACAUUUAUAAUGCUACGCUCGCCUGUUCAGUUUCGUGAGCAGCCUUCCUCCUCCACCCUCUCCGCCGAGCCACCUCACCUACAGCUUGCCCGAGAUAAGGAUUAGCUUCAAAAGAGUGAUAAGCCGCGGCUUCAUCAAUUCACGUGGAAAGGUCGGCAAUUUUAGUAUCAAAGUUGCUGUUGUGAUUUUCAUCCCACGGUUUUUAAUCAUCAGCCUACAUGUAAAAUAUAUUCACAAUCUCACCCAAUGUCUCAAUUUCCUCGUCAGAAAACCCAGACAUGUUAAUCAGUAACUAUCCUCUUAUUUAUUUGCUUCGAGGCGCAUUCGUCGUUAACCCAACCCUAACCAGGUAGUCUCCUCGAUUAUUGAUUCCGAAAACAUCUCACUGUCAUCAGUAAACAUGGGUGAUCAAAGGAACAAUACUUUACAGUUACGAAAUUGCAUUAGCAAAGUUAGAUUCGUUUAUCGUGGAGUUCAUAUCCUAAUAGAAAUUUUAAUUGAGAAAACAUGCCUCAUCUUUUAAUGGGCAUCGUAUUUUAUGUCAAAUACUUGCAAGUGAACAUACCAUGCAGUUUGACAGAAAAAGCUGGAGUAACUCGGUGGACCAGGCAGCAUCUCUGGAGAAAAUGAAAAGGUGACGUUUCGGGUCGAAACCCUUCUUCAGACUGAGAGUCAGGGGAAAGGGACAUGGGAGAUAUAGAUCCAUAUCACCGACUAUUUCGCAAUGUCACUCGUUCCCCUUUCCCCUGGCUCCCAGUCUGAAGAAGGGUCUCGACCCAAAACGUCACCUUUUCCUUUCCUCCAGGGAUACU